UUAAUUCUUUCUUGUUAAUUGAGAAAAAACUCCACCGCUCAUGGUUCUCUUGAGAUUUACGUAGAUUGAUAGAAGUGGCAUUGGGAUGCAUAACUUAGCUCAUUUUGAAUUAGCUUGCGCCUGUUUGAAUGAAUUUCACUAUAAGCUCUUCUACCAGAGAACACAAGAAGAACAAAAAAAUGAACUUCACUUCUUCGUAAGUGAAAAUUAGCUUAUACGCAAGUAAAAUUUAAAAGAAUGAAAAGCUUUACCAGGAGAGUUUCUACAAAUUAGCCCUUGCACAAGCUAGUUUUAACUUUUGUAGAAGCUAAUUUCGACUUUUCUUAUUUUUCUCUUGUAGAAAGGACUUACGGAGGAACUUGUUUUGAUAACUUCUCUAAAAGCUUAUUGUAAAGAGGAGUUUAUUUCAUUUCUUCAUAUUUUCUUAUUCUGUCAGUACUUGCGUCAAGUUCAUGUAAACUGGGUCAUUGCGUCAAGUUCAUGUAAACUGGGUCAUAUUGUUGUGUGUCACUCUUUUUACACAUUUUGACUGUCAUUGGGUUUUUUCUUUUGAAUUAUGUCCAUAUUCAUUGGGUGAUGAUAAUCAGCUUACAUAUUAUUUACAGUGGAGAUGUGUGUCCAUGAUGGGUUGUUUUUUCUGCUGUUGACUUCUUAUCCUACAUUGAUAUAUUGCAGGUUGUGUCUUUAAAGAGAGACCAGUAUCAUCAGACUAUUUGUUUUUUCAAAUGGCACUGGUUGUAAUGUGUGGGCAGCCAUGUAGUGGGAAGUCCAAAGCUGCACUCUGUCUAGUUGAAGCUCUAAAAGAAUCAGAAUCAAAACAUCAAGUGAGAAUCAUAGACGAAGCUUGUUUUCAUCUUGAUCGAAACCAAAGCUAUGCAAACAUGCCUUCAGAGAAGAAUUUAAGAGGGGUGCUCAGGUCAGAAGUAGAUAGGUCUGUGUCCAAAGAUAGCAUCAUCAUAGUAGAUUCUUUGAAUAGCAUCAAGGGUUACAGAUACGAGCUAUGGUGCUUGGCUCGAGCUUCUGGAAUCAGAUACUGUGUGGUGUACUGUGACGUAGAAGAAACCUUUUGUAGGAAAUGGAACGAAGAGCGCAGGGAGAAAGGAGAAGCCAGUUAUGAGGAUUCAAUUUUUGAAGAUUUGGUGAGAAGGUUUGAGAAACCAGAAAGAAGAAACAGGUGGGAUUCUCCAUUGUUUGAAUUAUGGCCACACAGAGAAGAGACAGAGAAAUCUUCCUCUGCCAUUAUAGAUGUUGUCUCCUACUUAACCAAAAAGGUGGACUCCAAAACCAGGGAUGUUAAGAUUCUGCAACCAACUAUUGCCACUCAAACCUCACGUUUUUCUGAUGCAAAUUCUCUGUAUGAAUUGGACAAAGCAACACAAGAAGUCACAAAUGCCAUAGUAGAAGCACAAUCUCAAGCGCUUGGAGGACCACUUAACGGUGUUUCCGUGGGAAAAGAUUUGCCUGUAAUCAACAUUUCAAGGUGUGUUGGGCUGCCGGAGCUACGUAGAAUGCGACGCACCUUCAUAAAAUUGACAGGGCAAACAAGUUUAAGUGGGCCACCACCCCCUUCUGAUGCAGACAGUGCAAAAAGAAUGUUCAUUGACUACUUGAACAGAGAACUAGGAACAUCCUGAAGAACAGUAUAUGAAUUGUUUGCAAUUCAGCUUGUGUGCUAAAGGAUGUCAUGUUUGUAUUUUAAGAUCAGAAACUGUUUUUCUUUUUAGUUUACAUCAUUAUUAUAGAAUAAACUGGUUUUUUUAUUCCCUUCUGGUUUCUUGUACUAUCGUUCAAACUCCUUUCUCAGCCCUAGUAGCUAGCUCAGGUCUGGUUUAACAAAAUCAUAAGAAUGAAAAGAAUUAUAUAAUUUAAAUAUUUUCAUUGUAAGAUA